UGAUGGUGCAUGCCUGUAGUUCUAGCUACUCAGGAGGCUGAGGCACGAGAAUGGCUUGAACCCAGGAGGCGGAGGUUGCAGUGAGAUGAGUUCAAGCCACUGCACUCCAGCUUGGGCAGGAGAGAGAGACUCUGUCUCAAAAAAAAAAAAUUUUUUUUAUUCUUACACACACCGAACACCUGUAAUGUUCUAGCACUCUAGUUUUGUUUUUGUUUUAUCUUUUUUUUUGUCACACUAUAUUAAUGAAGGAUUUUUAAAUUUGGGAUUUAAAAAUACAUGACUGCCGAUAAAAAACAUUAAAGAAAUAUAGGAACAUAUGUAGGUGAAACAUCGGGGGCACAAAGUCAAGGCCAGAGGCUGUUGUAUCUGACAUUUUUGUUUAUUUGUUCCUCUUUGGAGCUGGGAGAAAAGAGAUGAUUUAUUGAGCACCCAGUGUUUUUUUAUUUGUUUUUUAAACAUGAAGGUCAUGAGUGAAUUAAUAGAGAGGCAUGUCAGAAAAUCACAAAGCACCUACACAUCUGUGUGAGGGUUGUUGAACCUGCCUCACAAGUGAUGAAGAGGAAGAAUCUUUGAGACAGCAUGCAAAUUGAAGUUGCUAUGCAUUAGUAAGAUGCGUAGAACCUUCUAAAAUGUAGGAAUAUAGUGGCACACCAUUAAGCCAUACAUAAAUGUUUUGGUAUAUUUGCCCCAAAUUUAGCAAAAACCAUGUUUCUCUUUGUGGUAAUGGAAUUUGUCUUCUUAAAUAGCACCUUGUAGUUCCAGUUUUUCUGGCGCUAAGUUCCCAGUAAACAUUUAUCAUCCAAAUAAUUGAGAACCAUUUAUGCUUUAUUUCAUACUUCACACUUUCCAAGAAUGCCAAGUCACAAAAUAAAAGUCUUAAAUUAGGAAAUUGUCAAAAAUAGAAAAGGCUUCAGAGAGAGGUUUUUUGUUUUUUUCUGUUUGUUUGUUUUGAGCCAUAGUCUCACCCUGUCGCCCAGGCUGGAGUGCAAUGGUGUGAUCUCGCUCUUCUCCACCUCCCCGGUUCAAGCGAUUCUCCUGCCUCAGUUCCUGAAUAGCUGGAAUUACAGGUGUGUCCACCACACCCGGCUAAUUUUUUGUAUCUUAGUAGAGACAGGGUUUCACUAUGUUGGACAGGCUGGUCUCGAACUCCUGACCUUGUGAUCCACCUGCCUUGACCUCCCAAAGUGCUGGGAUUACAGGUGUGAGCCACCGUGUGCCCGGCCCAAAGAGUUUUUAAAUGUUCAGAAGGGCUUGGUUCAUCAGCUGAAGACUGGUUUUAUUCCAUUUUUAUUGUUUUUUUCCUUCUUCAAGCAAAUCUGUCUCUCAGUGGCGAUAAAUGUCAUCUGUUCAUCCAUACUUACAGUCCUCCUCUCCUUUGAUGACUGGCAUAGUAAGUGUUAUUAAUGACAGACUUGAGUAAGUUAAGUGAAAUGCCCAGAUCUUCAGGAAUUCAGUAGGCUCUAGUAAGAUGCUAUACACAGUGAAAUUUUUCCUGUCUUAGAACUAACUCCAAAAAAUAAAUAAAUAUAUUUGAUUUUUCAGAUGUAAUUUAGAUGCCAGAAGGAGACCAGAAUUGGGAUCUGUUUCUGCUGUUUAGCCUUACACAUGACUCUUCAAGUCUGUUUCUUCAUCUUCAAAGUGUGAAAAAUAAUGUGUCUUCCAUGAAGAAAUGAUGAAGAUGCGACAGGCUAAGCUGGAUUAUCAGAGGCUACUACUUGAGAAGAGGCAAAGGAAAAAGCGCCUUGAGCCAUUUAUGGUGCAGCCCAAUCCAGAAGCCAGGCUACGUCGGGCAAAGCCAAGGGCCAGUGAUGAGCAGACUCCCUUGGUGAACUGUCAUACUCCCCACAGCAAUGUCAUCUUACAUGGUAUUGAUGGUCCAGCUGCUGUCCUGAAACCAGACGAAGUUCAUGCUCCAUCAGUAAGCUCCCCUGUUGUGGAAGAAGAUGCUGAAAACACCAUGGAUACUGCUUCCAAGCCAGGACUUCAGGAGCGUCUCCAAAAGCAUGAUAUCUCUGAAAGUGUGAACUUCGAUGAGGAGACUGAUGGAAUAUCCCAGUCAGCAUGUUUAGAAAGACCCAAUUCUGCAUCCAGCCAGAAUUCAACCGAUACAGGCACUUCUGGUUCUGCUACUGCAGCCCAACCAGCUGAUAACCUCCUGGGAGACAUAGACGACCUGGAGGACUUUGUGUAUAGUCCUGCCCCUCAAGGUGUCACAGUAAGAUGUCGGAUAAUCCGGGAUAAAAGGGGAAUGGAUCGGGGCCUCUUCCCCACCUACUAUAUGUACUUGGAAAAAGAAGAAAAUCAGAAGAUAUUUCUUCUUGCAGCUAGAAAGCGGAAAAAGAGCAAAACAGCCAACUACCUCAUCUCCAUUGAUCCAGUUGAUUUAUCUCGUGAAGGAGAAAGUUAUGUCGGCAAGCUUAGAUCCAACCUCAUGGGGACCAAGUUUACAGUUUAUGACCGUGGCAUCUGCCCCAUGAAGGGCCGGGGUUUGGUGGGAGCGGCCCACACCCGGCAGGAGCUGGCUGCCAUCUCCUAUGAAACGAACGUACUUGGAUUUAAAGGUCCUAGGAAAAUGUCUGUUAUCAUUCCUGGAAUGACACUGAAUCAUAAGCAGAUCCCAUAUCAGCCACGAAACAACCAUGACAGUUUGCUCUCACGGUGGCAGAACAGAACUAUGGAAAAUCUGGUUGAGCUGCACAACAAGGCCCCCGUCUGGAACAGUGACACUCAGUCCUAUGUCCUCAACUUCCGUGGCCGGGUCACUCAGGCGUCUGUGAAGAACUUCCAGAUAGUCCACAAAAAUGACCCUGAUUAUAUAGUCAUGCAGUUUGGACGUGUGGCAGAUGACGUGUUCACACUGGACUACAACUACCCACUUUGCGCAGUACAGGCCUUUGGCAUCAGUCUUUCUAGCUUUGACAGUAAGCUGGCGUGUGAAUGAGAGAACAGUCAGGCAGGGAGCCCUUCUCCCCACAGAGCUUUCAGGAGCAGACGGUGGCCUCCCCUUCCCCUCCCUGCCCCAGGACUUAAAGAGCAAUAGUUUGCCCCUUUUGGAACGAUCCCUGAAUAUAUAAAACACACACACGAAGAGCAAUAGUUUGCCCCUUUUGGAACGACCCCUGAAUAUAUAAAACACACACGAAGAGCAAUAGUUUGCCCCUUUGGAACGAUCCCUGAAUGUAUAAAACACACACACGAAGAGCAAUAGUUUGCCCCUUUUGGAACGACCCCUGAAUAUAUAAAACACAGACAUGAAGAGCAAUAGUUUGCCCCUUUUGGAAUGAUCCCUGAAUAUAUAAAACACACACACACCCCAUGCACUCUCACUCCUUUUCCAGGUUUCAUAGACUUGGUGAGGGAUCACAGCUUAGCAUGGGUGAGAGAUGAUUUAAAGCACAGGGAGAUUCUUGUCACGUUGGGGUCUCCAAAGCUAGAAUGGGAUUUCAUGUGCUUGGAAACUUGCAGUAGAAUCAGGGACUGACAUCGCAGUUCCUCUCCUCUCUUCAUUCCCUCACAGCAGAUUGGCCAGCACCAAUCUUAGUCAGAAUGGCUGUGAUCACAUUUGUGAUCAAUUAUGUGAGAAUUUUAUAUAAUUGUCUUCAUUUCAAUUAAGGCUGAAAGCAUAAACUCUAGAGGUGACUCAGUCAGGACCGACAGUAAUGUGAUAAUUGCCUUCAUUUUCAACCCAGGAGUGCCUCUCACAGCUGUAUCACUACGGAUCCAUUAGUGAGGAGCGACACACACACUUGUAGGCAUCCUGUGCAAACACUUUGUCAUUAUCAAGAGAGAUGGCAGUAUUGACCAUUUAGUUUAGUUAAAAAAAAAAAAAAAAAAGGUGGCAGGAGAGGCUUUGGGGAGGAUCAGCCAGCAGACAUGAGCACUGCUGGCCGGUGUGGCAGAGCUGUGGACUUUCUUCUCGGCUCCCUCAACCCUGGCUCAUAGGCACAGAAGGUGUUUUGCUACGUUUUUUUGAUUAUUACACCCCACCACGUAUUAUGUGACUCUUACACCAGUUCACCCUUCCCAGAACGUAUCCAAACCUUGAGAAUGCAGGAGCUCUGUGAGCUCCACCAUCAGCACCAUUCAGCUGCAUCCCUUGUGCACAGAACUGUUUGCCAGCUUUGGGUGGGACACCCAUGGCGGCUGCUCCCUCAGACCUCCCUUCUGUGGACUGACCUCUCACCUCCGCCUGUUGUUCCUGCACCACAUCAGAUAAGCAUGUGAAGGAGAGCCAACUGGCAGCUGCGGGACCCUUGGCUUGUCCCCCACCGACAAGUCCCACCUGCUGGGUGAGGACGAGACUGUUUCCAUCUCAGGCAUGUAUCCCACCAAGUGCCUCCAUGCCCAGAAGCCUCACACCUCGUCACCACCACCACCCCCCACCCCAUCCUGAGGCACUGCCUGGCAGAUCACCCUGGUUGGCCACAGAAGCUAUUAAUACGCGACAGCAUGUGGGGAAGGACUUAUGGUGGGCCAGGUGGACCUCAUCCUGCUUCUUCCUCCCUCUGGUUUAAAGAGAUAUAUAAACUAAUUUCACAUAAUUUGUGUGUGCAGGUGAUUGGUUUUUACAUAAGUCCUAUUUAUACCUUUUAUAUGUUACAGAAAUAAAAGUUAAUUUAUAUAAAAA